AAAGUCGAUUUAUUAAUCACUAACAGUGUCGUUAGAUUUUCUUCUUUUUGACAUAUGUGUCGUUUAUAUGUCUUACAAAUUUAUGAAAAUGAACGAUACGAUGAUUAGCUGUAAUUUUGUUAAAACAUGCGUUCUUAAGCGCACCUAUUUUUUUUCUCGCUUUCAAAGCAUCUAUGUUGCGGUAGCUCGACGAUGUACCUAAUACGUGUUGUUUUUGCUAUUGUAAAUUUUUGGAACUCCGUCGGCUUGAAGCUACACAUGCGAUACGAUUCAGCAACAGGCGCUACGUGCGAGAGAAGAGAUAGAGGGAGGGGCGAUUCCAACAAACGAUGUCGGACUUCGGAGUAGAUGUUAAUGUAGUAUGUGUGUGACAACGGGAUUGACAACAUGGAUACGACUGACCUAGGAGGAGGUAUAAAUUGUACGCCACCGGCUAUAGAAGAUUUUCCACACGACCUGUUUGAUGAGGAGCAAAGACAAGGCGGUGCCGUUGUCGUACACGUCAUCGUGUCGCUUUACUUAUUUAUCGCUUUAGCAGUAGUAUGCGAUAAAUUCUUCGUACCUGCUGUAGAAAAAAUAUGUCACGCACUCUCGAUGUCAAAAGACGUAGCCGGCGCGACGUUUAUGGCGGCGGCGACGUCGGCCCCAGAAUUAUUCGUGAAUGCCAUCGGAACAUUCAUCACGGAAGGUGACAUUGGCGUCGGGACGAUAGUAGGUUCCGCAGUAUUCAACAUCCUGGCUGUUCCAGCCUGCUGCGGUAUCGGUGCGGGAAUGGUGGUGCCACUGGAUUGGUGGCCUGUUAGCAGAGAUUGUCUUGCUUACGGUGUCACCGUCGCCAUUUUAAUAUGCAUUAUACAUGACGAGCGAGUGGAAUGGUACGAGGCAUUAACGUUGGUGCUCUUGUAUAUUGUUUAUAUCGCCGUGAUGUAUUGGGAUAAAUCGUUCCAGCGGUGUACGAGAUUCCGUACAAACGACGACCAGAUAUCUUCGGACGGUCGACGAGUUACGACAGAUUCUAGCGACAUUCACUUACCGAGACCGGACAAAUUACAAUCACCCGGGGAUCAUGUGGAGCAAAUAGCCACUAUUGACGUGCCCCUACAAAAUGGCGGGACAAAAACGCAGGAAGAGAAUCCAGAUCCUAAUUAUGAGUACGAACUGUUGGUGUGGCCUGCGCAUGCCGGAUGGUUAAGGAAGACCGCUUGGGUCACAACAUGGCCCAUUCAUCUAGUAUUCAUGUGCACGAUCCCCGACUGCGAAAAACCCCGAUUUAAGAAUUGGUUUCCCGUCACGUUCGUGAUGUGCAUCAUAUGGAUUGGAUCGCUUAGCUACGUUGUAGCUUGGAUGAUCACUAUAAUCGGCGACACGCUCAAAAUACCAGAUUCCGUAAUGGGCAUCACUUUUCUCGCAGCAGGGACCAGCGUACCCGAAGCCGUAUCGAGUGUGAUUGUCGCAAAACAAGGGCAUGGCUCAAUGGGCAUCAGUAAUUCGAUAGGAUCGAACACGUUCGAUAUACUUCUGUGCCUCGGACUACCCUGGCUGAUCAAGUCAUCCUUCUCGCCCACGCAGCCCGGCAGGCAUUACAUCAGUAUAAAUUCCGGUGGGCUGGAAUACAGCGCGAUAUCGUUGCUGUCGACCCUGAUGCUGCUGUACAUCGCGUUCGCCUCCAACAAGUUUCAGCUCGAUAGAAAAGUGGGCCGCGCCUGCUUGUGCAUGUAUGCCGUGUUCCUCAUACUGGCGUCGCUGAUCGAGCUCAACGUAUUCUUCACGGUAAAUCUCCCCACCUGCCAAAGGACGGUGAAAUGAUCGAGAUACCCAGGACGAUGACCCGCCCGCAAUACAUGUCCGGGCGCGGCCCCGCUCGCAAUCCGCGCCGGAAACUCUCCCCCCUCCCCCCUUCGGACUUACCGAGAGA